AUGACAGAUGGAAAACAGAUGGAAAAUUGUCUACGCCUGCCUGAUGACCAGUGGCCACAAUAUGAAUUACAGGCAGGUACAUGUACUUCGGCUGGAGCUGAAGAGAGACGGAAUGUGAAAGCAGUUAUGCAUAUAGCAAGCCCUGAAGUUGUUGACUGCACAAGAGUAUCCAGCUGGAGACGACUUCUAAGAAUCACAGCAUAUGUCUUGAGAUUUGCUCGAAUUCUGAAGAGCAAGAUCCAGAAGAAUGCAGUACCUGAUGUUGAAUUCACUCUUACACCAUCAGAAUUGAGUGAAGCUGAGAAGUACUGGGUAAUCAAAGCACAACAAAGUCUAAAACCAAUAUAUGAGAAAGGUGAAUUCAAGGCGCUAACUUCCUUUCUAGAUGAUGAAGGCGUGCUGAGAGUAGGUGGCAGAGCAGAAAACCUGAGAACAUCGUAUGAAUCCAAGCAUCCCGCUCCAUUGCCAUCAAAUCAUCAUGUGUCAUUUAUCAUCACCAGACACAUGCAUGAACUAGGUCAUCACGGCAUCGCCACGACGACUGCCAAAACUAGGAUAAAGUUUUGGAUUCUACAGGGACCUAAGCUAGCCAAGACAAUCAAGUUCAAAUGUGUAGUAUGCAGAAUGAAUGAUCACAAGAAUGAAACACAGAUGAUGGCUGAUCUUCCAGAUAUGAGAAUGGCAUCAUUCACACCGCCAUUCCAUUUCACUGCCAUAGACUAUUUUGGACCAAUAGCAGUGAAAGUGAGCAGGAACAAGACGGCUAAAUACUAUGGAGUAAUAUUUACCUGCCUGAAUACUAGAGCCGUCCACCUAGAGUUAGCUGUUGAUUGUUCAACUAUGUAG